CUUCGAUCUUCCCCUUCCGAAAUGGAUGCUAAUGUGACUGUUUUAUACCCACUUCACCGCUCUAAAAUAAUUCAUCUGGUAAGACAUGCUCAAGGAUUCAGCAAUGUAGCAGCAGAAAAGGAACAUAGUGCUUACAUGUUAGAAGAGUUCUUUGAUACAAAGAUCACGCCUCUUGGCUGGCAGCAGGUUGACAAUUUGCGUAAACAUGUUCAUUCAUCUGGAAUCGCUAAGAGGGUUGAAUUAGUCAUUGUUUCUCCAUUGUUAAGGACCUUGCAAACUGCAGUGGGUGUUUUUGGUGGUGGUUACAUAAAUGAGAAAAAUAUAUCUGAUCAAGAUCUACUAAUGGUGAAAAAUGCUUUGGACAGUAACCAAGCUGCAAUCUCGAGCCUAGAUUGCCCUCCUUUUCUAGCAGUAGAGCUUUGUCGAGAACGUUUGGGAGUACAUCCAUGUGACAGAAGGAGGAACAUUAAUGAAUAUAAACCUCUUUUCCCUGGAAUUGAUUUUUCUCAGAUCGAGAGUGAUUCUGAUAUUUUGUGGAAACCUGAUAUAAGAGAGAAAAAUGAAGAUGUUGGCCUCAGGGGAAUGGAAUUCCUGAAUUGGUUAUGGACUAGAAAAGAGAAAGAGAUUGCAGUUGUGACCCACAGUGGUUUAUUGCUUAAUACAAUGAAAGCAUUUGGGAAUGAUUGUCAUCCAUCUGUGAAGAUUGAGAUAUGCAAACCAUUCAAUAACUGUGAACUCCGUUCGGUGGUUAUCAUUGACAGAGGCAUGCAUGCUUGAAUGAGAUUCUACUACCACUACUUCUCCUGGUGAGCCUCAUCUGUCAAGGGUUUAUUGUUGUCAAGUAAAAGGCCAACUAAGUUAUUUGAAAAUUUCAACAUUGGAUUAUGCAAUUUAUUAUUAAAACUGUAUGUAUGGUAUGCGUUGUAGCCCUGGUUGAUUAUUUUUAUUGUAAUUUUAUGUUGUUUCUGUUGUUUCUUGUAAUCGUGGUGUA